UCCGCAAAUGUUUACAUUUUCCAUAUGAUUAAAUCGACUGAGUGAACUCACUAAAAACCUUGAGUUAGGGUUUAUGAUCACUGUCUCACUGAGGUUUGUUAUUAUCUGCUUGUUUUUCUUCCUGCUGUUCAGGUAUUUCAUUCAUGGCAAUCGUAAAGAUUAAGAAUAUUACUGGAUCUAUUGCUAGGGUUGGUGCUAGAUAUAGCGUAAGAAAAUUUUCAGAUGACCAGACCAACUCAAGGGUUUCGAGAUCAGAAGAUUGUACCCAGUCGGAAUUCAGGAAAUGGGGUAAUGGUGGUGGUUUUAUACAUAAAUCGGCUCAAAUUGAUCCAACUGCACUCAUUGAAAUAGGUGCUGUGGUACAUCCAAAGUCUGUACUUGGUGCAAAUGUUCAUAUUCAAUCAGGAGCUGUUAUAGGUCCUGCCGUUACCAUUGGGCAUUCGACUAAAGUUGGGUAUAACACUGCACUUAGUAAUUGCUCAAUAGGUGAUUCAUGUAUCAUCCACAAUGGCGCAUGCAUAGGUCAAGAUGGGUUUGGAUUUUUUGUGGAUGACCAGGGGAACAUGUUGAAGAAACCCCAAGAGCUGCAUGCAAGGAUAGGAAACCACGUGGAGAUUGGUGCUAAUACAUGCAUAGACAGGGGUAGUUGGAGAGAUACCAGUAUCGGGGACCAUACCAAGAUAGAUAACUUAGUCCAGGUAGGUUGCUCUUGUCACUUUUUUUUGUUUACUUAUUAUGCUAGUAUGACCUACUUCAAUGUGCAGAUAGGUCACAAUGUUGUUAUAGGAAAGUCCUGCAUGCUUUGUGGACAAGCCGGAAUUGCAGGUUCUGUGACGAUGGGAGACUAUGUUACUUUGGGAGGCAAGGUAGCAAUCCGAGAUCAUGUUUCCAUUUCGUCAAAGGUUCGGCUUGCUGCUAACAGCUGUGUCACUAAAGACAUCAGAGAGCCAGGUGACUAUGGCGGCUUCCCUGCAGUCCCAGUCCGUGAAUGGCGCCGACAAGUUGCCAGCCAGCGCCUGAGUCUCAAGAAAGGGGAUUCCCAAGAGAUUUGACAAAUAAUGAAGAAGAAUGUCAUAAAUGUAGAGCCACGGGCAUGUAAGAUUGAAACAUCACGUUGAUGCUUGGAGUUUUCAUCAAUCAUGUCAAAAAAAUUCAUAUUUCUGUACUCGGUUUUCAAUUGAAAUUUUUGUGACAAAACAGUUACUGUAGAGUGAAACUUGAGGCACAUAUUUUACUUUAA